CAAAAAAAAACGCGUGGCCGAGUCGCAAAAGGUUUUUGCCCUAGCUUCUCACCCCUGCGGCCCUGCCACCGACCCCAGCCCCUAUCCCUUCCCUUCCGGCGACUCGCCGAACGCCAUCGGAAGCCCCCGCGGGGCCACAUCGAAGAUCGGGUUCUUCACUCUUCAGAAAUCGAAACCCUCCUCGUCGCCUCUUCCUCUUCCGCUUCCGCUUCCGCUCUCCAACGAUGGAUCAGUAAUCAGGUGGUUCUUUACAAACCAGGGAUUAUACGAUGGGGAAGAGGAAAAGAGGUGACAACAAUGGCGGCGGCGCUGAGCACUGCCCCGCCACGAUCUUCGUCUCCAACCUCCCUUACUCAUUUAAGUCGUCGCAGUUGGAGGAGGUUUUUAGUGAGGUGGGUCCUGUGAGGCGCUGCUUCAUGGUUACUCAGAAGGGCUCAGAUGUAAGCCGUGGUUUUGGCUACGUGCAAUUUGCUGCUGCAAGUGACGCCGAACGUGCUAUUGAACUUAAAAAUGGUUCAGCUAUUAGUGGUAGGAAAAUCAGAGUGAAACUUGCAAUGCACCGCCUUCCUCGUGAGCAGCGCUCGCAGAAGGAAAAAAAUGUCAAUUCCGAGGACUCUACUCUGCAAAAUGAGAAAGUUGAUCAAUCAUCCAGAGCCAGAGAAAAUAAGGAGACUUCUCAGGAAGAGAAAACAGAAACUGCAGGGGCCAUUAAGGACGUUGGAACAUCUACUACAAUAAGUAACAGCCAAACUGAUAAGGUGGAAGGUUCAGAAAAACAGAGGGUUGCAAGAACAGUAAUAUUCGGCGGGCUUCUUAACUCUGAUAUGGCAGUUGAAGUGUUUCGUCGGGCUGGAGAGGUUGGCACUAUAGUCUCCAUCUCUUACCCUCUUCCGAAGGAAGAGUUAGAGCUCCGUGCGCUUUCACGAGAUGGGUGCACUUUAGAAGCUUCAGCAGUACUUUAUGCAACUGUUAAAUCAGCACAAGAAGCUGUCAGAAGGUUGCAUCAGCAAGAGAUCAAAGGCGGACGUGUUUGGGCUCGCCAAUUGGGUGGGGAGGGCUCAAAAGUUAGGAAGUGGAGGGUGAUUGUCAGGAAUCUACCAUUCAAGGUCACAACAAAAGAGGUCAAAGAUGUAUUUAGCUCCGCAGGUUUUGUCUGGGAUGUGUUAAUUCCACAUAACUCAGAAGGAAUAUCAAAAGGCUUUGCUUUUGUCUCAUUAACCUGCAAGCAGGACGCAGAAAAGGCCAUAAAAGACAUCAAUGGACGAGUCAUCGCAAAGAGAACUGUUGCUGUUGAUUGGGCUGUUUCAAAGAGAGUAUAUGCAGUUGCUACAAAUUCUGCUGCUUCAGAGGAUGGACAUUUAAUGGGAAAUGACAGUGACAAUGAUGAGCAAAGAGAAUCAACUGAAGAAAAGGAUGAUGAUUCUGAAAGUGAUCUUGAUGUUGGAGCUGAUCCUGUUGAAAUUGACUUCAGAAGUGAGGCUGAGGUUGCCAAAAAAGUCCUUGAAAACUUGAUUAACUCCUCCAUGAGUACAUCUGAACCACCAGAGAAAUCAGUUAGUGUAAGUCCAAGCAUGGGUGGGAAAAGCACUGAAGUGAAGAACGCGAGUACAAGCAAAAGCAGCAAACUCCUAAAUGUUCCUGUGCAAAAUGGAGGGGGAUUGGAAUCAAAAGAUGCCACAAGAUCAGUAACUACCAAUAACGAGACGGGAAAAGAAGAUGCUGAUUUAGAUAGAACAGUAUUCAUAAGCAAUCUUCCAUUUGAUGUCAGUGCUGAGGAGGUGAAGCAAAGGUUCUCUAUAUUUGGGGAGGUGCAAUCUUGUUUCCCUGUCCUCCAUCAACUCACCAAGAGACCAAGAGGAACUGCUUUUCUAAAAUUCUCUUCAGCAGCUGCAGUAGAUGCUGCAGUUUCUGCUGCAAAUGCUACACCUGGUGUAGGAAUUGUUAUAAAGGGCAGAACAUUAAAAGUUUUAAAGGCACUGGAUAAGGAAUCAGCUCAUAAAAGGGUGCUUGAAAAGGCGAAGAAUGAGGUUCAUGAUCGACGUAAUUUAUACCUAGCCAAGGAAGGUGAAAUACUUCCUGGAACACCUGCUGCUGAAGGUGUAUCAGAGGCUGACAUGAUGAAGCGAGAGACGUUAUCAAGGAAAAAGAUGGAAAUGCUUCAGUCACCGAAGUUCCAUGUAUCAAGAACUAGACUUAUUAUCUAUAAUCUGCCAAAGACAAUGACACCAGAGGAGGUGAAGAAACUUUGCAGAGAUGCAGUCCUUUUGCGUGCCUCCAAACAAAACCCUGUCAUACAAAAGGUAAAGCUUUUGAUGGACGCAAAGAAGGGAACAGUUUCUGUGAAGAAACAUUCACGUGGGGUAGCUUUUGUUGAUUUUAAAGAACACGAGCAUGCAAUUGUCUGUCUGCGGGUUCUGAACAACAAUCCUGAAACUUUUGGGCCGGAACGCCGUCCGAUUGUGGAGUUUGCUCUUGAUAACAUCCAGAAGUUACAGCUGCAAAAAAAAAGGCAGGACUCUUUAGAAGAGAGUAGUGGCAUUCCAGAAGCUGUAGAAACUGACGACAACAAGAGCAGCAAAAAGAGUAUAAGAAAGUUUAAGUCAAAGAGAAGAAAUGAGAGAUCACUUAAAGUAUCCGAACCUACUGAAGGGUCUGGAGCCGUUGGAGCUAUCGAUGUAGAAGGUGGUGCAAGAGAAAAUGCAAGAGGUAGAAAGCAGAAGAGAAUUCCAAGAGGAGGAAAGAAAGCUAAUUUAGCUUCUAAGGUGGAUCAUGUCGAGGAGGGAAAGCCAAAAGCACGAGAAAGCGCAAAUGUUAGAGGAAAACAGUCAAUUACCUCAAAAAAAAAAGAUACAGCGAAUCGAAAGGAAUCAACCACAAAAUCUUACAAGAGAAAAGCUAAAACUGAUGGUGGUUUAGAGCCUCAGAGGGCACGCAAAGAUACGAAGAGAAGAAAAAAGGUAUCAUCAGGAGAGGAGGUUGUGGAUAAGCUCGACAAGCUAAUAGAACAGUACCGCUCCAAGUUUUCGCAACGCGGUGCUAAUAAAAGCAAAGAUGAAGCAAACUCUGGCCAUAAAGAAGUCAGGCGGUGGUUUGAGUCAACUUCUUGAAAGCAGCAGGAGCCUUUUCAGAUUCUUUCUUGUGAAUCGCUUGAUCAAAUGUGCAGUUAAUGACAUCUAGCUGUGGGAUGGUGCUUUUAGCUGGUAUUCUUCGGUUACUGGUUAAGAUCGUAGCGAUCUUAACAAGUUUGCAGAGAAACAUUUCGUGGGUUUGAUAAGUGACCACUCUGGCUUUUUCCUACCUGACGAGCUGAAAGCUCUUUACGGCGAUACCGAAGUUUUAAACUUGCCCUAUAACGGCGAAUGAGGCUGUUCGUCUCCUUUUGUAAAAGCAACUAAGAGGCUUUUGUUCAAUCGCACACAUACCAACUCUUCGGCUAAUAGAGUUUGUUAUCAUAGAUCAUGAAUUUCUCAAUGUAUCGCUUGCUUAUUAAUAAAUUAUGUUUUUCUAUGAGAUACAGUGCACCGUAAUGCUUGAAUACUUGUGGGUACUGAUCAUUUAUUUAGCUUUUGUAUGGAAUUUUUUCCUUCAAAAUUUGAAAUUAUUCGAUUAUUAUGCA